GACGAAGACCCCGGAGUGCUGCACUAAGCCAGGCCAGGGCAGUGCCCCCUUCCCCCCGCACAUGGGGGAAGCCCCUCCCCUGGGGUCACUGGAGCCAUGCUGUCCCGCAAGGGAAUCAUCCCCGAGGAGUAUGUGCUGACCAGACUGGCAGAGGACCCCGCGGAGCCCAGGUACCGGGCCCGGGAGCGGAGGGCCCGCUUUGUAUCCAAGAAAGGCAACUGCAACGUGGCCCACAAAAACAUCCGGGAGCAGGGCCGCUUCCUGCAGGACGUGUUCACGACGCUGGUGGACCUCAAGUGGCCCCACACGCUGCUCAUCUUCACCAUGUCCUUCCUGUGCAGCUGGCUCCUCUUCGCCAUGGUCUGGUGGCUCAUCGCCUUCGCCCACGGUGACCUGGCCCCCGGCGAAGGCGCCGCGGUGCCCUGCGUCACCAGCAUCCACUCUUUCUCAUCCGCCUUCCUCUUCUCCAUCGAGGUCCAGGUAACCAUUGGUUUUGGCGGGCGCAUGGUGACUGAGGAGUGCCCCGUGGCCAUCCUGAUCCUCAUCGUGCAGAACAUCGUGGGGCUCAUGAUCAACGCCAUCAUGCUGGGCUGCAUCUUCAUGAAGACCGCGCAGGCGCACCGCCGCGCCGAGACCCUCAUCUUCAGCAAGCACGCGGUCAUCACCCUGCGCCACGGCCGCCUCUGCUUCAUGCUGCGAGUGGGGGACCUCCGGAAGAGCAUGAUCAUCAGCGCCACCAUCCACAUGCAGGUGGUCCGCAAGACCACGAGCCCCGAGGGCGAGGUGGUGCCCCUUCACCAAGUGGACAUCCCCAUGGAGAACGGGGUGGGCGGCAACAGCAUCUUCCUGGUCGCCCCGCUCAUCAUCUACCACGUCAUUGACUCCAAUAGCCCGCUCUACGACCUGGCACCUAGCGACCUGCACCACCACCAGGACCUCGAGAUCAUCGUCAUCCUGGAAGGCGUGGUAGAAACCACAGGCAUCACCACCCAGGCCCGCACCUCCUACUUAGCUGACGAGAUCCUAUGGGGGCAGCGCUUUGUCCCCAUUGUGGCCGAGGAGGACGGCCGCUAUUCCGUGGACUAUUCCAAGUUUGGCAACACCAUUAAAGUGCCCACGCCUCUCUGCACAGCUCGCCAGCUUGAUGAGGACCGCAGCCUGCUAGAUGCCCUGACUCUCGCUUCGACCCGUGGACCUCUGCGCAAGCGCAGUGUGGCUGUGGCCAAGACCAAACCCAAGUUUAGCAUCUCUCCAGAUUCCCUAUCCUGAAAGAGACAUGGUCCCUCAGGCCCAGCACAUGUGUAUGUGUGCGCAGAGGCAGUGUGAUAUGGUAUGUAGAGCGAUCUGGUGUGGGUCCCUUAGCCACUGUAAAAGCCUGCUGUGAGGUUGGAUCCUCCUCAACUCAGCCUCUAUGCUGCUUGUGUGCCCGGGGUGUGACAAGGCACUUGUCAUUACCCUAUUUCUGGCCUCAGCAGCCUGUACUGGGUUAUUUUUGUCCCUGCUCCUCCCAUUCCCAGCUCAGGACUAGCUUACCCCUCUCUCCCUGCCCAAGGCUGAGGAGGCUGUAAGAGGCGCUGGGCCCUUACAGCUGGUUCUCCAACCAGUCCUGCCCUCCGUGACCAGCCUGCUACAAGUAGGUGGCUGGGGGGAAACAGUACUUAGGUUUAGAGGUCUACUAGCCUGUUUCUAUGGUUCCAAGAAAUACCUGUCCCUGAAGUAGUGAUGGGCCUAGAGGGGUGAACCUGGCCAGCCCGGGAGGGCCGCAUGGAGAGAGCACCUUCCAGCUGCAGCACUGCACGUGGGGAGCCUUCUCCAUGAGCAGGGACAGGCCAGGUUGGUAGGGUUCCCUCCAAAGCACAGAUUCUAGCCAGGGAGGAGUAGGAAGCAAGGAGGGCCACGGUGAGGCCUUGCUGAUCCCUGCGCAGGCGUAGAGAACAGGAGAUAGACCAGGGCCGCAGCCCUUCACUCCCUCCACCAAUCUUCCACAGAGAGGGUGCACAGGCCAGGGCAACUGCUCCUUCCUAUACUGUCUCCAUCCUGGGAGGCUGGGAUGUGCUGAGAAAACUGGUAUAACAAGCAGAGAGACUGAGACCAGUCUUGUGCUGCUAUACACAAUAAGCCUCAAGCUGAAGUUUCCCUCAGACUCCCCACCAGGAACUGCUAUUGCCCAAAGGGUGAUGGGGGGGGGCGUGUCUUGGGGCUGUUGGAGAAGGUGUUGGAAAGUUCAGGAUGGUAGGGUUGAGGGGGCCCUGGGUUCUGUCUGGACUUCCAGAGCAAUAUUGUAUCUAUGUCCUUGCCCAGAAUUCUGCUUCCCAUUGUCAAUAAAGCCUCCCCUCCAGGACCUGAAAUCGGGGCUGUUCUUGCCGGGGAAGCAGUAAGUGUGCUGGUGGAAUGGGAGGGCAGGGCUAGCGUCUGCCAUCCCACAUUCAAAAGGUACCAUGCCCUAGCAGAAAGGCCAGGGGAGGGACCUGGAGCUGGACCAUCUUCCACUAGCUCAGGGAGCAUUUGCCCCUCCACCCAGGAGACCCCACACUACCAGCCUGUCUGGCCAUCUCAACCUUUGGACAUUCGCCAUGCUUUAGAGCCCUGGACCCUGCUUUCCUCCCAGGAAUCUGCUGGGAGGCUGAGAUACCCAGGGAGAGGGGUAGGGGUAUCAGACAUUAAUGGGGAGGGCUGAAUUCUGGCUCUUCAGCCAGCUGUCUUGGGUUCAAAUGCUGACUUUAGCUAUAUAAGUGUGCUCAAGUGAUUUAACUUCUUUGUGUCUCAGUUCCCUCAUCUAUGCUAAUUGUCCCUACCUCAUAGAAUUGUUGUGGGAACAGAUAGAAGCACA